AUGGGACCAGUUUCGUGCCAUCGGCUGUCAGAUGUCAUAUCUGGUUUCUUUCCAUCUCUAUGGACCACUGAUCGAACUUAUAUUGGUCGUAGUCAAACCACCUCCGUGGUGCCGAUAUCUCAACAUUGAUGGGCGACGUUUUUGCAAUCUAUCUUCCAGUUUGAAGGUUCCAGAUUGGUCGAUGCGGUGGUCAAUAGGAUUAUCGACGUCAUCGCAAUAAGCUUGCUGUUCUCGGCUCUGCUAUGUAGACGGGGAGACUUGAAGCUUCCAUCCUACCAUAGAUAGGUAGGUUGUAUGCGAUACAUCUGCCCAUCACCUCUUCUUCGCAUCACAGGAGAAACGGAUCCAAGAUGGAGGUCCUGCUCUCGCUCCCGAUCGUCUCCUACUUCUUUUCCACGUCGAUGAGCUCUUACUCGACCUCUCUCAACCUCCUCUUCUUCUACCUGACAUGGACAACCCUGGUCCUGAGUCACUCACCUCUCAAGAUCGAGGUGAUGAGCACGACAGCCAUACGGAUACUCUUCUGGCUAGUCCCGUCGCUCUUCUUCCUCAUCUUCGACACCCUCCUACCCUCCCUCUCCGAGAACCUCAAGUAUGAUGGCUCCUCGGCGCUCCCUCCCCGCGACGCACGCUCGCUCGCGGGCCUCCUCGCCCUCGCAAUCGGCAACCUCGCCCUCACCACGGGCACCGAGGCUGCCAUGUCGCUCGGCUUAGCCACCCUCAUCAAGGAACCCCCGUUCCGCACCUCCACCACCCUCCCCCUGCCCUGGCAGAUGGUCAAGCACAUCGCCCUUCUCUUCGCCGCCCGCGAGGCCCUAUCCUUCUACAUCCACCGAAACGUCCUGCACCCCUCCAGCAGCGCCAGGCAGGGCACCAGCGCCCUCACCCGCGUGCCCCACCAGCUCCGCGACCGCGCAGCAACCCAGCACGCGCGCUUCGCCCACGCCCACCGCGCCGCGCCCUUCUCCCUCCUCGCCAUGGCCGACCACCCGCUCCCACAGCUCCUACUCCACCUCCUACCCAUCUACCUCCUCCCCUCCAUCUCCGGCACCGCAGGCGGCCUCCCGUCCCAACCGCGCCUACACGUCCUGACGUACCUCGUCUUCGUCGCCCUCGCCACGCUGGAGGAGACGCUCGCCUACAGCGGCUACGCGGCCCUGCCGGGCGUCGCGGCCGGCGGGCUGGCGCGCCGCGCCGCGGCGCACCGCGCGGGGGGCGGGGAGGGAAACUACGGGCCCUGGGGGUUCCUCGACUGGGCUUACGGAACGGGCCUUGGCGGUGGUAGGGACGGCGACGACGCGGCGGGGUUGGUGCAGUCGGGGGUCGAGGGGUUGAGGAGGAGCGGGGAGGGGGAGGGGGAGGAGGAAUAGUAGGGUGGGUGUGGCGUUGCCCCUAUUGAAAGGGGUAUUCAGAGUGAGGUGAUUAUAAUGAUUCGGAUGGUUUUGAUGGAGUCCUGGCCAACACGGAUAUCAAUUUGGGUUUACACUGGUUGGUUUGGACAGUUUGGGAGAGAUAAGGAGUUAAGUGAUCAAUGAAUUCGCUCGUUUUCCCGCAA